UUCCUCUCACUGUCAUUUAGGGAAAUAACAUGUGGGUGUUGGUUGUUCCAGAAAAGUGAAACUCCAAACCGAAGCUGGAGCCAUGGCCAAAUGCGACUAUACGUUAAAGCUGGUGAUAAUUGGAGAUUACGUCGUCGGGAAAACGUGCUUCCUACACAGAUUUGUUGAAGGCACGUUCAACGGACAAGUAAAUGUCACUAUCGGUGCUAACGUCACAAAGAAGACGGUAGAUUUGGACGGCAAGAAAAUCUUACUUGAAAUAUGGGACACAGCGGGUCAUGAAUCCUUCAGAAAAGUAAUUCCAUUGUACUGCAGCCAAGCUAAAGGCAUCAUGCUGGUGUAUGACGUCACCAACGAGAGCACCUUUGACAACCUGAAGGACUGGAUCAGCUUCAUCGAGGAGCAUGCCCCCUCAGAUGCAGACAGGAUACUUCUGGGAAACAAAUGUGACCCGAACGACAGCACACCCAGACAGGUGUCCAAAGAAAGAGGAGAGAAGUUUGCGACAGAUUAUGGAAUAAAAUUGUUGGAGGUCAGUGCAAAGUCCGGCAUCAAUGUAGAAGAGGCCUUUUUCACUCUUGCCCGGGACAUCAUGAGGAGACUUCCUCAGGAGGACAAUAAUGCGCUCAGCGGUAGAGGAUGUUCACUUUUGUAGGCGGAGUCUGGAGCCGUGGGACGCUCUGAUUGGUCCUUGUGGGGUAUAGGCUUUUUUCAAUGGGACACAGACAUAAAAUACAGACUUAUCCAAAUGAGACGGGGGAAUGUACUGAAGGAAGGAUAUUAUUUGAGCUUUUUAUGGUUUUGAAUUAACUUUUUAACUUAACGUUUUUGAAUUUCGUGCAUUACAUUGCACUGUGUUGCGAUCAAACUAACUUUUUAAAAAUUGUUGUUUAUUUUAUUUCUUGUUUAAUCUUGUUUAAAUCCUGGUUUAGUUUUAUUUUUCAGCCAACUAAACCUUACAGUGAAUAUGAUGCCGUGAUAAUGGGGAUAAUAUCACUUCUAUGCAAAUAACAUCAGUUUAUUUUGUUCUUGAACCAAAGAUUUAGUUAAAACUUUGCAUUUUGUGUUCUUAAAUGUCUAGUUUUCUAUACUUUGAUGGCAUAUCUGUGUGUUUUGUUUAAGCUUAAAUUGUCGCAUUGAGAAAUUGUUGUUGUCAGAGCAUUGAGGGAAGUACAUUUCUUUAACCAAAUAAAAGAAAAUCAUACUUUG